CAACACGUCGAACGUGGUUCGCGAUAGGCCCACUGAUUGACGUUUGGUGUGACGGGAAAUAUUGAAAUAAUGCCAACGUUUCUACUUUUUCUACCUACAAAUCAAACGACGAUAUUAUUUCCUUAUUUUUUAAUGAUUUUUUUUAAGUUAAAAUAUUUAUCUGUACUGCGUGCAAUGAAAAAUUCGCUGUCAAUCUUCUGAAUUCCUGUCAUUUGCUGUCAAACGGUCAUAUAACCUAUUAAUCAGUUCAUUCAUAAAAAAAUCAACUCGGUUAAAGUCGAAAAAGUACGUCGUAGAUCUCUAGAUUUGGCGAAAGUAGCUAGUGAAUGUUAUUGGCACCCUAAUUUAAUAUCUAAUACCAUACAGAAUGAUUUUCAGAAAACUGCCUUUAAGGUUGUACACGCAAGCCUGCAAAGCUUAUUAUGUCACAAAGGCACCCAAGCCUGAGAUCCCUAACAACCCAUUGACCGAAGUGUAUUCGGCUUCGGCGCAGAAAAGUAAUGGCAUUGUUUACGAUAGAAAGCCAUUUAAGCUUACGCUGCAAGAGGGCAAGACGUACCACUGGUGCCUUUGCGGGCGCUCCAAGUCGCAGCCGCUGUGCGACGGCACCCACAAGGACGUGUAUCUGAAGAUCACACAAAGACCAAUAAGGUUCACAGUUGAGAAGACAAAAGACUACUGGCUAUGCAACUGCAAGCAGACGAAGAACCGGCCAUUCUGCGAUGGCACCCACAAGUCCAAAGAAAUACAGGAGACACACAUUAAGGUUUAGAUGGAAGAAAGUUUAUAGCUACAUACUUUAGUAUCAGGCAUAGCAAUGAUGCAUUGGUGUAAAGCUGAUAGAGAUAACCAUACCACAAAGUAAAUAGCGGCGGCGCGCGCCGGAGCAGAGAGUCCGCUCAGUACAAAGUGGCAUUUUCGCCGCAGGCACACAGACGUGACAUUUACGCACACAGACGUUACAUUUACGCACACAGACGUUACAUUUACAGGCGUUCUCGGGCACUCUCGGGCAGAGCUUAGUCGGACUGUGCGCGCGUUGCUCACUUAACGUCCCCGCCGCUACGUAGGUACCUACUGUCAUGUACGUCAAAAUGCAGUCUCUAAGGAAUGUAAACAUGAUAAGAUGUAUGUGUAAACGAAUCGAUGUAUGUAUGUCUGUAAACUUAUAUUACCUACUCCUUUUUAAAAUUCGAUAUUAAUACAGAAGCAACCCUAGUGAGUCGGGCAAGUUUAGGUACGUAUUUUCAAGAACGGCGAGAACGGACCUUCUGUUUAUUUUUUUAUUUUCUGACCAUAUCCCGCAACCGAGCCGAGCCGGCAAAUCUGUGGCAGUUAUAGAGGAUAGUCCACGGCUGCUUCGCCAUACAAACGUAGUCCCCAUUUUCCUCUGGAAAAUGUUUUUCUAUAUUUUGAUGUCCAUAGCUAUGUUUGAUUUUUUUACUUGUGUAAAUAGGAGCGAAAAACAGGUUUAAUGCAAAUUUUUGAAUUCUAACUUUUAUAAUAAUUUAAGAUUUGAAAAAUCUAACAUAGGGGCAUAGUUGUGUUUCAUAUACAACAAACUGUGUCCAAAUAUUUUUAAUAAUGUGAAUAUGCAGAGAGUAAAAUGAGAACUAUGUUUGUAUGAAAAGGCGGUAUUGGGGCGACCAUGGAGUUUCAUAUACAAAAUGAGAAACACUUUAAAUUGAAACUUAUUUAAUAGUGAAAUUGCCAUGUUAAUUUAUUUUCUUAGACAGCAAAUUAAAUCGGGUUUAUAUGAGAAGAGUUCCAAUAAGGUUCUCGUUAAAUUUUAAAAAUCCUACACAAUUAAAUUUUAGCUCAAUUGUUCAUCAUAAUCGCCAACCCUGACAUACAACUGUCAUGUGCCACGGUUUAGCCAGCUCCGUUGCGGGACUUGCGGGGUCUGCUGAUGAUAAUUUCUUCAUCAUAUGCAACUUAUACUAGAAUCAGUUUAUACCACGAUAAUAUCAUAUCACUAAGAUCACAGUUAGUGAAGCCUCUAUAAGGUACUUGUUAAGGACUUCAACCUAUUAUUAUUCGCAAUGUAAGUUAUACAUAACGUAGCUUUAACUAUUGACAGGUAUAAGUAUCUAAGGACGGGGCACAAAGAAUGGUGCCAGUACAGUGGUGUCACUCACGAAUUCGAGCCAAUCGUGCAGUCUAGCGCAACUAGUUGCGACCAAUAGCGCGCGUGAUGCGAGCUAGUCAACCAAUCGCAUUGCGGCGUUAGACUGCACGAUUGGCUCGAAUUCGUGUGCGUGACACCGCUGUACUGAGGGCCUACCGCGAACCACGUUCGACGUGUUGCCUCCCUGUCACACUUAUGUGCGAAUUUACAAGUGCGACAGAGAGGUAACACGUCGAACCUGGUUCGCGGUACGCCCUCUGGCCCCAUUCUUAUUGCCCGUAAGGCCAGUCGUUUAUGUGACUGACUUUUUGUGCACUUUUUACCGCGGCUAUUAUGUGAAUUUUAAAAGGUUAAUAAAAAAUAAAAAACAAUACAGGUUACAAACAGAAAGUGGGGUUUCAUUACAAGGGCGGUUGUGUAAUAUGUUUUGUGCCAAGGGGGUUGUUACCAACAAAGGGUUGAAAAAGAAGUCAAACAGAAACAUAAUUUCACUUAUUACUUUAUUGUUCAAUCGUCAACAAUGAAAAAAUUAAAAAAGUUGGACUACAUUGGAGACUAAUCUAGAACAGCAUGAAUAAAAAAUCAAAUUUAAACCAAUGUAUCACAUUACGUGGAGUUUUUAGACUAUAAAAUUAGUAGGAACAGGAACGAAUAGUUAGACCAAGCUAAGUUGGCAGCGAUUUUGAUAGCACAGACUGCGUAAGUGUUGUUUUUGUAAAACGUCAUAAUGUCAUAUAAGUUUGACGUUGAAAAUAAGAAUUGCACAGUCGGGGUAUUAAAAUCGCUGCCAACUUAGCUUGGUCUACAGCUUUUUUCAUUUUAUACCACCUAACAUCAACUCAUUUAGCUGUUUAAGCAUCCUUGCUUCUGUUGUAGAUAGUUAGAUUAUUAAUAUAAAGUUGUAGGUUAAUAAAUCUAUUCAAUCAA